AUGAAUAUCUUUUUACAUACAUACACCCUAAAUGUUCCUUUUUUUUUGAAAAAUGUUCGUCACACAGGAAUUGAGGUGUUUGGUAAAGAAUACACGUUUUCAAUGGCAGGAAUAAUAACCUGUAAACCAAAAAAAUCAACAAUAGGGAAAUAUUCCAAAAGCUAUGAAUUAUCUUAUAUGCAAUUAACUUAUUCUCAAUUUUCAGAAAUUUUAAAUGCUCUUGGAAAAAUAUACAGGCCAAACACAUAUAAUUUUAUUUACAAAAAUUGUAAUCAUUUUUGUGAUGAUUUAUUUGAAUUGUUGAGUGGGAAAAGAUUAUUUCAUAGAUUCAUGUUUUAUUCCAGAUUGGGUAAAUUAGUUGGAAAUUUUAAAAAUGUCGCAUUAUGCGGAUAUAUUAACACUGUGGAAUUUUCAAGUAAUGAUAAAACUCUCUAUAUAUAUGCUUUAAACCUAUCUAAAUCAAUACUCAAACGAAAUAAAAAACUUAAAAAUUCUGAAGGAAUAUUAUAUAUAAAGGACAAAAACGCUAAUUAUUAUGAGAGAUGUAACAGCACCUUUCAUAUUAUUCCAUAUUCAAAUUAUGAAAAUGAUACUUGUAAUAAACAAAUUGCAUAUUACAAAGAUUACAUAAUAAAUGAAACAAUAAAAUGCUUAAAUAAUGAAGUAGGCAAGUAUAUUCACCAACCUCAAUUAAAAAGUAUAUAUUCAUUUAGUACGACUGGAACAUCUUCAUUAACAUGA